UUUACUUCUCAAUCGUUCAAUCCAAAAUUCAAAUGGACUUCACAGACUUUCUCAUUCUUUCUUCCCUACUAAUCUUUCUCCGGCUAUGGUGGCGAUACUGGUCGGUCACCGGCGGUGGACCAAAGAAUUUACCGCCAGGACCGCCCGGUUGGCCACUCGUAGGUAACUUGUUCCAAGUGAUCCUCCAACGUCGGUCUUUUAUAUAUGUAGUACGUGAUUUACGUGCAAAAUAUGGUCCAAUCUUUACCAUGCAGAUGGGUCAACGUACUCUUGUAAUAGUCACUAGUUCUGAGUUGAUUCAUGAAGCCCUAGUCCAAAGAGGUUCGACUUUCGCUAGCCGACCCGCUGAUUCGCCCAUCCGAUUGGUGUUCAGCGUUGGAAAAUGUGCCAUCAACUCGGCCGAAUAUGGGCCUCUCUGGCGGAAUCUUCGCCGGAAUUUUGUCUCUGAGGUGACGAGUCCGAUGAGAAUCAAGCAAUGUAGCUGGAUACGACAAUGGGCGUUUGAGAAUCAUAUGAAGAGAAUCAAACGAGAAGCAUUUGAAAAUGGUUCCGUUGAGGUAAUGAGUAGUUGUCGGCUUACUAUAUGUAGUGUCCUGAUUUGCAUUUGUUUUGGAGCAAGAAUUUCCGAAGAAAGAAUUAAAAACAUUGAAGCUGUUUUAAAAGAUGUUAUGAUGAUGACGACCCCGAAGCUACCGGAUUUCUUGCCGGUUCUUGCUCCGUUGUUCCGUAGCAAAAUGAAAGAUGCUAAAAUAUUAAGGAACAAACAAAUGGAGUGUUUGGUUCCAUUGAUAAGAGCCAGAAGAGCGUUUGUGGAAAGAAAUGAAAACCCUAACUCGGAAAUGGUGAGUCCGGUUGGUGCAGCUUAUGUUGACUCGUUAUUUGAGCUAAAACCGGCCGAGAGAGGCUCAUUAGGAGAGCAAGAGAUUGUGACUCUAUGUUCGGAGGUGGUGAGUGCCGGCACCGACACGAGUGCAACCACCAUUGAAUGGGCGCUGCUUCAUUUGGUGACGAACCAAGAAAUCCAAGAAAAAUUGUACCAAGAAAUUGUCGGUGUUGUAGGUAAAAAUGGAGUUGUUCAAGAAGAAGAUGUGGAAAAAAUGCAUUAUCUUGCAGCAAUCGUUAAAGAAACUUUCCGGCGACACCCGCCGAGUCAUUUCUUGUUAUCUCAUGCAGCAGAUAAGGAGACUGAACUCGGUGGCUACACAAUUCCGGUGGGUGUUAAUGUGGAGCUUUACACUGCAUGGGUGACUGAGGAUCCGGAUAUGUGGAAGGAUCCGGAUGAGUUUAGACCCGAGAGAUUCUUGGAUGGUGAUGGAGUUGAUGUGGAUGUGACCGGGACUCGUGGGGUGAAGAUGGUGCCAUUUGGUGCGGGACGGCGUAUAUGUCCGGCGUGGAGUCUUGGUGUAUUACAUGUUAAUCUGUUGCUUGCUAGGAUGGUGCAUGCUUUCAAGUGGGUGCCGGAUCCAAGUUUUCCACCUGACCCGACUGAGACUUUUGCUUUCACUGUUGUCAUGAAGAAUCCUUUGAAAGCUGUGAUCUUGCCUAGGUUUAUUAAUUAAAAAGGCCAUUUUAUUAAUCGGAUUUGCUUUAAGCACAAGAAAUUUAUUGUUAUCUUCAAA